AAAAACAGUGCCAUUUCACAAAGAACCUCUUCGAGGAAGGAGGUUUGGCUCUUCUGGAACCAUUGCCAUUUACUUAAUUUAACUAAACUUAACUGGUAAAAAUGGCAAGGGCUAUCUUUCUGGUAGCAUCUCUGCUAGUUAUAGGAAAUGUAUUUUUUAUCCAUGCUGCGUUUUCCCCCAGCCUCAUUGUUGAUAUGGCAAAAGUUGUCAUGGACAAUUACUGCUCGCCAGAGAAGCUGGUAGGGAUGAAGGAGGCAAUUGAAGCAGCCGGCAGCAACACAGAGAUUCUCAAAAUCCCGGACGCUGAAACCUUGGCUAAUGUUCUCACUUCUGGGAUCCAGACCACAGUCAGUGACCCACGCCUGAAGGUCUCCUAUGAGCCAGACUACAUCCCUGUGGUUGCACCGAAGAUGCCUCCCUUGCCUCCAGAGCAGCUCAUUGCUGUCCUCCAGACCUCCAUCAAGCUUGACAUCCUGGAGGGCAACACUGGCUACCUGAGGAUUGACCACAUCCUUGGAGAGGAGGUUGCUGAUAAGGUUGGCCCUUUGCUCCUAGAUCUGGUCUGGAAUAAAAUCCUGCCAACUUCGGCUCUGAUCUUCGACUUGCGCUACACCGGCAGCGGGGACAUCUCCGGAAUCUCCUACAUUGUGUCUUACUUCACUGCAGCUGAGCCUGUGAUCAACAUCGACAGUGUGUAUGACCGUCCGUCGAACACCACCACUAAGCUGUUUUCUCUGUCCACACUGCUGGGGGACAGAUACACCGCUACCAAACCCCUCAUUAUCCUCACCAGCAAAAGCACCAAGGGCAUUGCUGAGGGUGUUGCCUACUGCCUCCAGAGCCUGAAGAGGGCCACCAUUGUAGGCGAGAAGACAGCAGGGGGCUCCAUAAAAGUCGAUAAAAUCAAAGUGGCCGACACUGACUUCUAUGUUACCUUGCCAACUGCAAAGUCCAUCAAUCCCAUCACUGGCUCCACUUGGGAGGUUGUAGGUGUGACCCCUGAUGUGGAGGUCAAUGCUGAAGAUGCCCUUGCUACUGCCAUUAAGAUUGUCAACCUCCGGGCCCAAGUUCCAGCCAUCGUAGAGGGAUCGGCGUCCCUGAUCGCUGACAACUAUGCCUACGAGAAUAUCGGGGCUAACGUUGCAGAAAAGUUGAAAGGGCUCCUGGCAAACGGCGAGUAUGGCAAAGUUGUUUCCAAGGACAGUCUGGAGGCUAAGCUGUCUGCUGACCUCAAGACGCUUUCUGGGGACAAGAGUCUGAUGACCACCAGCAAUACCCCAGCCAUGCCACCCAUGGAUUACUCUCCAGAGAUGUACAUUGAACUGAUCAAGGUCUCCUUCCACACCAAUACAUUCGAGAACAACAUUGGUUACCUGCGUUUUGAUAUGUUUGGAGACUUUGAGGAGGUCAAGGAAAUCGCCCAGAUUAUCGUUGAGCAUGUCUGGAACAAAGUCGUCAACACUGAUGCCAUGAUCAUCGACCUCAGGAACAAUCUUGGUGGCCCAACAACAGCCAUUGCCGGUUUCUGCUCUUACUUCUUUGACGCUGACAAGGAGAUUGUGCUGGACAAGCUGUACGAUAGACCGUCUGGCACCACCACAGAGCUUCGGACCUUAUCUGAUCUCACUGGCACAAGGUACGGCUCCAAGAAGAGCCUGAUCAUCCUGGUCAGUGGAGCGACUGCCGGCGCUGCCGAGGAGUUUGUUUACAUCAUGAAGAAACUUGGCCGCGCUAUGAUCGUCGGAGAGACAACCGCCGGGAGCUCCCACCCACCCAAGACCUUCCGUGUUGGUGAGACUGACAUCUUCCUCAGCAUCCCCACCAUCCACUCUGACACUGCUGCCGGGCCAGCAUGGGAGGGGGCUGGCAUCGCGCCUCACAUACCCGUCUCAGCUGACGCUGCCCUCGAAACUGCCAAGGGCAUCUUCAAUAAGCACUUUGCAGGCCAGAAGUAAAUCGCACCCUGAACUGGGGUCACCACGGUCACUGUUGCUUUGACAGCCAAAUGGUUUUGAACUUUUAGAAUCUAGACUUUAGAAGCGAAGAAUGUAGAUUGGGUACAGGGUGAAAUAUGUCAUCCAUUUUCUAAAUACCUAUGCCUUUUUAGCUUGUUUGUAAUCUAGCACAAAGGUUGAACAGUAUUUACUGACUGUUUUUAUGUCUGUUGAAUGUUAUUCUUGCUGUUGUGAAAGAAAAGUUGCAACUUUCAAAAAUCCAAUUUUUCAGAAGUCAUGCAAAAGAGAAGGAACAAUUUAAGAAAAGACACAAAAGUGCUUUUAAAGUAAGUUUGAUAUUAAUUUGUUAUGCUGCAUAUUAGGAAUUCAGACAUCUGUAAGCAAGUCCCCUCGAUAAGCAAUGAACACCAUGCCAUGUGGACAGACUUGGGUUGUAUCAGUUCCAUUGGUGAGACACAAUAAAGGAAAAACAAUUAAAAUACAAA